AUUAUUAGGCAGCACAAGACACAAGACUGGGAAACAAUGUUUGCUACUGUGUCAGUAAGAAGAGGUUUUGGUUUAAAUAAGAUUUUAUUCAAGCGUUCGCAACAACAGUUGACCUUCCCAAGUCACAGAAGUCAAGUGCUCCAUUAUUCCAGUGACUACAACCACAAAGAUGGUGGAAGCAAGAGCAAAGUUCCCCGCCAUAAACCCACACUCUUUGAUAAAAAAAUUCUGAUGUGGACUGGCCGAUUCCAAUCAGAAGAAGAAAUUCCAUCAACAAUUUCAAUAGAAACACUGGAUAGAGCAAGGAACAAAGCACGUAUCAAGGCUUGUUACAUUAUGAUUGGACUCACAAUUAUCGCUUGUUUUGCUGUGGUUGUGUCUGGUAAAAAGGCUGCUGCCCGUCAUGAAUCACUUACAAGCCUUAAUCUUGCAAAAAAAGCAAAAUGGCGUCAAGAAGCAAAAAAUAAACAGAACAAUGAAAAUGAUGAACAUAAAACACAAUAAAUAUUUAAAUAAAGCUAGUCCUAGAGGGCUAAUGGAGUUGAAAAUGUAAUAUACUGAAGUUACUGUGCAGGUUUUGGCUUGCCAAAAUAACAUAGAAAUCAAGCAUUAAAAGAGUGAACAAAGUGUUUGAUAAAAGUUAUUGGCAACAGGACUGUUUUAUCCUCUAACCCCUGUUUGUUAAUCUAGUUGGCCCCUGUUUGCUAUAAAAUGUAUGUAAACCAAUAAAUGAAAUAAUGCUGUGAAAUAGUUUGUAUACAUGUCCAUCUGGUUUGAUCACAGAAAUUUCCUCUACUUAGAAGAGCUGUGGAAGACAUGUUAUAAGCAUAGCAUUCUGCACACAAAAUAAACAAUCACUUCAUUUAA